GAUACUUGGCCUUCACCGAGUGGUUCGUGGGCCGUGACUUCUUUUGCACGUGCUUCUGUGGCAAAGUUCAGAGGGACGACAACAAAGAAUGCUAUGUUAUGGCGAUGACGUCCCUGAGCGAAGACCUUCUGAAGGCCGAGGGGCUCCCGAAGCCAAUCGCAGGCCAUGGCCACGGACGAAUCUACGUGAGCGGCGUUCGCUUCACUGCCGUACCAGACGGCUCGAAGGUUGAGGUGAUGGUCGUGUCUCGUCGAAGGUAUUCCAAGGCCCGAAGGACCUGGCAGAUCCUGCCAGCUUGCCAGUUCGGGGUUGGGCUCCAAGCAGAUGAAAUCCAAGGCCAGCCCAAGCUCAGUUCAGAGCUUGCGAGAGCGGUGGGUGCAGUUCCUCUUGACCUCUACCAUUGUACAGAUGAGGAUGCCAUGAAGCAGGUCCUAGAAGGGGCCGGACUGGCAAAGGCGGUUUUGGGAGAGGAGCGAUCGGAGCGGGCCCAGCUUGUGAAGAACACGGGUGAGCACGACAAGUUCAUUCAGGUCAACAAGCUGGACGACGACUGCGCGAAGAUUCUACAACGGCACUCCAAGGAGGUGCAGGCGGCGGUCAUUGAUGCUUACGUCCCCGACCUUACCAUAAGGGCCAAUCGAGAUGACGGCAGGCUCACGCAGCCCCGGGGCAUCACCGAGGCGGCGAAGGUCCCAGCACCACGAGCUCGAGCUCUUCCGAAGACGACCGCUCCAGAAGCAGGCCUCGCCAACGUUGACGUUGAUGAUAAUGCAGGGGCAGCGCCGGAGGGCGUGGAUAUCGUAGGUGCUGAAGCACAGGGAAACGACGACAGAGGCAGAAGGGCGGCACCGCACCGGUCGGUGUCGCUGUCGCGUUCGCGCUCGGACUCACGAUCCAUGGAGCCGAAGAACGAUGCGCAGUCCCAGUCCCAGCCGCAGCGGCGCGUGGUCGUCAACCAGGCCGAAGAGAACAAAGAGGACGACAGCUCGCCGCUUUUGGAGAUCUGCAACCUACCGGACCUCAUCUCCCGAGGCAAGAAUCCCCUUCAGUACCUGCCGGAGCUCUUCAAUCCGACUCUCAAGACGCUGCCGGAUUUCAAUAAAGAGAUGGGAGGCGAGUCAGUCCUCAAAGCUUGGAACAAGCCCGGCAAGGUAGGAGCCAUUCUGCUACAGUUGCAGAACAAGGCACUGGCAGCCAGCGCCUGCCGGACGCUGAACGGCUUGCAAUUCCUCGGCUUCGAGCUCAAGGCCGGGGCCUUUCGCUCGGAGGCUUUGCGAGGCUUUGGCUUCGCGUUGGCCCGUUGCUCCUUACUCCUUACGAGUACCUGCGAGGUGCAAGGCAUCCCGAAGCUGGAGGCAGUCCCCGUUCUGAAGUUUUGCUCGGUAGCCUGCGAUUCUUGCUCGCCUGACGCUGCCUCGGAGCGCGCCACGCAUUCCUAG